CUAGAGAUUUCAGUGACCCAUGACAAUCAUGUGUGAGACCUGUCCAGCUGCUCCCAGAGAACACGGCUCUCUCCUCGGUCCGCUCGGGGCGGGGCCUCCUCUCGGCUGUCAUGUCUCCUCCCUCCCACCCGGUGACGCUGUGGUGACAUCGCUGCUCCUCCGCCCGUCUGUCUGUCCGCUGACAUCUCGUGCAGGGUCCCCUCGGUGUCGUCUCCUCCGGGUGCAGCUGUGUCCCGGCCGUCACCCACCCUGCUGCCAGCUGUCCGCCCCCCUCCCCCCCUGCCUGUCCUCGCUCAUUAUGUCCCCUCUCCUGCCCGCUGCCUCUCCACCUCGGACAUGAGCUCCAAGAAAGUUUCAGGUAACAGUUCAGGAAAGAAGAGCAAGAAGAAGCAAAGAAAGCACAAGAAGGCCCCGGAGCGAGAGACGGCGGGGGCCCCGGAGGCGCGGAGCCCCAGCCUGGAUAGCCAGAACGGCAUCACUGACCCCAGCCUACAGGAUGUGCCCAUGUCUCCAGGACCCCCUCCCACCCCUCCUACCCCAGUGCUGCCACCUCCGGGGCCACUGGGCUCUGACAAUGAAGAGCAGGAAGAUCCUGUAGAUUAUUGUAGAGGAGGCUAUUACCCAGUUAAAAUCGGGGACCUUUUUAACGGCCGAUACCAUGUCGUACGGAAACUUGGCUGGGGCCACUUCUCAACCGUGUGGCUCUGCUGGGACCUCCAGAGGAAGCGUUUUGGAGCUCUCAAAGUGGUGAAGAGUGCCGUGCAUUACACGGAGACAGCCAUAGAUGAGAUUAAACUGCUGAAAUGUGUUAGAGACAGUGACCCGAAUGAUCCCAAGCGGGAAAUGAUUGUGCAGCUUAUCGAUGACUUCAAGAUAUCCGGUGUGAACGGUGUACAUGUCUGCAUGGUGUUGGAGGUGCUCGGACACCAGCUACUGAAGUGGAUCAUCAAAUCUAACUAUGAAGGACUCCCCUUACCGUGUGUGAAGAGCAUCAUACGUCAGGUCCUCCAAGGCCUGGAUUAUCUCCACACCAAAUGCAAAAUCAUCCAUACAGAUAUCAAGCCGGAAAACAUACUAAUGUGCGUGGGCGAGGGGUACAUUCGUCGCCUUGCUGCCGAGGCCACCAUUUGGCAGCAGUCUGGAGAGCCUCCCCCUUCGGGAUCUGCCGUCAGCUCUGCGCCUCCUGCACAUCACAACUUGAAUGGAAAAGUCUCUAAAAACAAGAAGAAGAAGUUAAAAAGGCAACAAAAGCGUCAGCAGAAGCUUCUGGAGGAGAGACUGAGGGACAUCCACAACAUGGAGGAGCUAGGCUCUGGCAACGGCUGUUUAGGCACGCCUAUCCCAGACCCGUGUCCGGAGAAUGAGCAGUCGUGGGGCUGCCACACAAGCCACGAGGCUGCUGACAACAGGGAGAAUCCUAUCCCAUCCGUCCCUGGGGACAGUGAAGGUGCAGACUCCUCCUUAGGAAGCGGAGGCACCACUUAUCUCGCCCAAAGUCCGCAGUCCUCCGGCACAUAUGAGAACUGCAAUGGGUACAACAGUGGUCCUCGGGGCAUCAGUCCAGACACCCACACCUCUGGCUUCUCCAGCUCUGCGUUCUCCGCCACCUCAGGCUCCGCCAUAUCUGGGUUCUCUGAAGGACGGGAAAGAGGAAGCCUUCUGUCCCCAAACUUGUCCAUCAAAGCUGCAGAUUUCCUGGUUAAUCCUCUGGACCCACAAAAUGCAGACAACAUAUCGGUGAAACUUGCAGACUUGGGCAAUGCAUGCUGGGUGCACAAACACUUCACUGACGACAUUCAGACGCGGCAGUAUCGUGCCUUGGAGGUUUUAAUUGGUGCCGGAUAUGGAACCCCUGCUGAUAUUUGGAGCACUGCUUGUAUGGCCUUUGAGCUGGCGACAGGAGAUUACCUCUUUGAGCCUCAUUCAGGGGAGGAUUACACACGUGAUGAAGAUCACAUAGCACACAUCAUUGAGCUUCUGGGAGACAUCCCCCCACAUUUAGCACUGUCAGGCCGUUACUCCCGAGAGUACUUCACAAGAAGAGGGGAACUUCGGCACAUACAAAACCUGAAGCACUGGGGCCUGUUCGAGGUCCUGGUGGAGAAGUACGAGUGGUCACUUGAAGAAGCCACUCAGUUUUCGGACUUUCUGCUGCCCAUGUUGGAGUGUAUUCCAGAAAAGAGGGCCACAGCCGCACAGUGCCUGCAGCACCCCUGGCUUAACUCCUAACCCUGGCUACGUGUCUGCUGCUCGGGAGGUCUUGGCACGUCCGGCGGACAUCUGUCCUAUAAAGGACCCCAUUCUACAGAUGCGAUUUUGAUAUGACUAAUGGUUAGUGGGUACAGAUCAGUCAGUAGGAGAAUCUGCCACCAUCCGGAGAUGCGGUGCCUGGUAUUAUUUGGGUUCUUUUACUUUCUGAAGUUGGGGGUGCGGAUGGUAUUCUGUAGGGUCCUGUAGUCUACAUGAUCGACACCCAUGCACAUGAAGCUUUACAUAUCGCCUCGCUGUGGAGUAAGACACUUUGUGCCUUAUGCCUCAGUUACAUCAUUGGAUCCCAGUGACGAGAUAAACGAAAUGAAUGGUAACUAAGCUGUAGCCUAUCCGUUCAUUAGGAAUAUUACCUGCACUGUGCAUCGGGAAUGUCAAGUAAGUGAGUAGGCUGGAUAUACAGUCUAAUGCAAAGGUUUGGGCACCCCUUGUCAUAUUCACUACUGUUCACCAGCUUAUAUCUCUGAUGUAGUGCCAAUGACAGGUGCAAACGUAUAACGCCUUGGACAGAAAUCACCGCCUCCAAACAUUUCCUGUAGCCAGCUAAGGCUAGGUGCAGAUCUGUAGCCAAAUUACAUUUUUCUGUUAAAGCAGGGAUGCUCAGCCUGCGGCCCUCCAGCUGUUACAAAACUACAACUCCCAGCAUACCCAGGCGGCCUACAGCAGGGCAUGGUGGGAGUUGUGGUUUUACAACAGCUGGAGGGCCGCAAGUUGGGCAUUCCUGUGUUAAAGGAAUUGCCAGAUCUAGCGUGUGCCGGACGACACCGACUGCCAUUGACUAUAAUAGAGUCCGUUGUGUUCCUGGUACGGAUUUUGGCACUCUGGCAGACAAAAUACCACUUUUUUUUUUUUUAUUUGCCGAAAUCUGCAAGGGAGGCGGCCACCAGAACCUCCUCCACAGAUGUGUACCUCGCCUGCCAGUUUUGUAUACUUGCUUCCGAAAUGUUUUCCUAUUUUUACUUGCAACGUGAAGUCCAUUCUAGGAGGAAGGAGCAGUUUGACCCUUGGCUUUUCCCCUUCUGCAGCCAAUAGAGAGAUUGAGCCUUUCAUAGGCCACUUUCACACAGUCAGUUUUUAGUCAGUAUUUGAUCAGUGACUGCGGGACAAGACCAGGAGUGGAGGAUACACAGACAUAAGGUACAAUGGGAAGAUUUGCUCCUGUUCUGUGUUUUUCACCCGCUCCUGGUUUUGCCUCACCUUUAUGGAAAUCACUGAUCAAGCACUGACUUUAUGAAAGUGGCGUUAAAGAGCACCUGUCAGCAAGAUCCACCAUAUUAAACCAGGCAUACUACCUAGUAGGGUUGAUCCUAACUGCUUCUGACAUGCACCGUACAUAGAAAUGUACGGCAUAUAUCUAGUCUUUAAAGGUGGCACCCACUCAGAAGCUAAGAGGAUGCCGUAGACCCUGGGUGCCUGCUGUUUUGCACAGCAGACACCCAGAGGUAACGUCUGUAAUAACGCCAGUUUUGGACUUUUAACCCCCUCAGAUGCCGCGGUCAAUUGCGACCAUUGCAUCUGAGUGGGCUUUCUCCAGGAGACCAGGGCUCCAGGGGACAGGAUGGCUCCACCGUACUGUGAUCGAGGGAGUCGUUUGUUUACUGUGGCAGCCUUGGGCCCAGCUAUGUCCCUGUGGAGCCCUGCCUGGCAGGGCGUGAGAGGAAUAUAGAGAAUCUCCCAUAGACUGCAGUGGUAAUUCAUUGCAGUCUAUUGGAGAAGUGAUCAGAUGAUCACGUGUUCAAGUCCCCUAGUAUAAAAUAAAGUAAAAAAGGCUUUUAAAAAUAUAAGCAUUCCAAUAACACCGCCUCGCCCCAUAUUAAAAAUAAACAAAAAAAUAAAUAAAGUUCACUAGCAUCGCCACAUCGAUAAAAUCCCCAUACUAUUAAAACAUAAAUGUAUUUUUCCUGUACGCCGAACGCCUUAACAGGAAAAAAACUCUAAAUGGCAAUGCAAAGAAAAUUUUUUUUUUUUCGAAAGCUUUUAUAAUUUUUUCAUUAUUAAAUAAAA